CUCGUUCCCCGCCCUCACAGCUGCUGCGAGACUGAAGCCUGCGCGAAGGUGGUCGCUGUUUCUGGUGUGCAGUUCCCUCUCUCCGUAGGCAUCACCAGUAGUUCAGCACCUGGACCAUUUAGAAAAAUGGAAGGUAAUGGCUCCAUCGAUAUGUUCUCGGAAGUUCUGGAGAACCAGUUCCUGCAGGCUGCUAAGCUAGUGGAGAACCACUUGGACUCUGAAAUUCAGAAGUUGGAUCAGAUCGGUGAAGAUGAACUGGAAGUCCUCAAAGAAAAGAGACUGGCAGCACUCAGGAAAGCACAGCAGCAGAAACAAGAAUGGCUUUCUAAAGGACAUGGGGAGUACAGAGAAGUCGCCAGUGAGAGAGACUUCUUUCAAGAAGUCAAGGAGAGUGAAAAAGUGGUUUGCCAUUUCUACAGAGACACCACAUUCAGGUGUAAAAUACUAGACAGACAUUUGGCGAUUCUGUCCAAAAAACAUCUUGAAACCAAGUUUUUGAAGCUGAAUGUGGAAAAGGCACCAUUUCUCUGUGAGAGACUGCGGAUCAAGGUCCUCCCCACGCUAGCACUCUUGAGAGAUGGCAAGACACAAGAUUAUGUCGUUGGAUUCACCGACCUAGGAAAUACAGAUGACUUCACUACAGAAACUUUAGAAUGGAGACUUGGUUGUUCUGAUGUUAUCAACUACAGUGGAAAUUUAAUGGAGCCACCAUUUCAGAGCCAAAAGAAAUUCGGAACAAACUUCACAAAGCUGGAAAAGAAAACUAUCCGAGGAAAGAAAUAUGAUUCUGAUUCUGACGACGAUUAGAGCGUGCCGCACUCUGUAAACCAUCUGUGUUUCUGUCUGUUUACCUCAGAGUUAAGUGUGUUUUCUAAAUUCUCCUGAUUUCGGCCUACUGGCCGUCUGAUGCUCGUUUCCCAGUGUGUACACCGUCUCACCGUGUGAAGGACAGCCUCACUAUUUUGUUUGUGCUCAUCACAUGUAACUUGAGAGUAACAUAUUUUAAAUUUCCUGGAAAGGGUCUGGAUUCUCUAUUUUUCUGAUUGAUUUUAUCAUAAGGUCACACUUGUGUUUUUAAUCUAUUGUGUUAGAAAUAGAAAUUCAGCCAAUUCUGUAGGACUUACCGAGUGCUGUUCUUACAGCAGGUUGGGUCACAUUCACUGGUGUUCCUCAUGCACUUGUCAGCGAAUCCUCACUUCAGAUACGGAGGGUGUUUCAGGAACUAUUAAAUUUGCCCAUGUGUUCCGGGCACAGCAUGUUGAACCUGCUGGUAGCAGCAGGAAUCUCAGGAUGUGCACACAUUGCCUUAUUUAAAGGAUUCUCAUUGCUUACGUGCUGAGACAUGCAUUAAAAAGCAAUUAAACAUUUUUUGAGUGGCAGCAUAAGGAACACCAUUGGCUGCUCAGUAAAACCAUUUUAAGUGAAAACUUAUGAAAAGUGUAUGUCUGAAAACUAUGGUACUUGGUAAGUGCAUACAGCAAACAAAAACAUUUUCAACAAAGUCCUGAGGUGAGGGCGUAGCUCAAUGGUAGAUCGUGUGCAUGAACAAAUUCUUAGGUUUUAUGCCCAGAGAGGAGAAAGCCCUGGUUGAGUGAGUGUAGCAAUAGCUAGCGAUACGGCACAGUGUAGAAAGGCGCUUGCCACGAACUUGAGGACCUGAGUGUAAACUCCAGGACUCACAUGGGGGAAAGUGAAACGAUUCACCAGAAAUACAAGUGAGUUAAACUAACAGUGACUUGGGGCUUGAAAACAUCUAAAACAGGGAAGAAGGGGAAGUAUAGAACAGAGGGGCUGGGGAGAAGUCUCGGCAGGUGAGAGCGCUGGGGUUCGAGUCCUAGCAUCCACAGGCUGAUUCACAGCCAACACCAGCUCCAGUUCUGGGGGCUCGGAUGCCAUCUCCUGACCCCCAAGGGCACCAGGCUCACAUGUGCAUGUACAUACAUGCAGAUGAAACAUGCAUAGGUCAAGUGAGGUGAGCUCUGUACCAAUAAAUUUAUUAAAAUGGACAAAUUCCUAGUAAGACCAACUGCAGAAAUACCUAAGAAAUAAAAAGUUUGAGCAGGGGUCUGGAGAGGUGCUCGGGGGUUGAGAGCAGAGGACCCAAGUUCAGCUCCUUGCACGCAUGUCAGCUGGUAGCUCACAGCACCUGUAGCUUAAGCUCCAGGGGCUCAGGUGCUUUCUUCUGGCCUCGGCAGGCACUUGCACAUGAGUGCAAACAUAGACGCGCAUGCAUACAGGGGUGGUCUCCUGUGCACUGUGCAAAGGUUGUCUUUGUGCUCAGACACUGAUCUCUGCGGGCAGAGUUGAGACAAGGCCAGAGGUGGGUAUUUUCAUGAUGCGUCACCUGUCUCAGUGUUCUGUGAGCAUCUUCUCCUUCACCUUCUGCCUGGUUUUAGUAAAGAGCUGAAUAGCCUGUAGCGAGCGGGCAGGGCAGGAUAGGUGGGGCUUCUGGGCAGAGAUGAGAAUUCUGGGAAAGAGUCAGGGGGUCAGUGGAUUUGCCAGCCAGACUAGGAGGAGGAUACUGAUGCUGGGACAACGGAGAGGUAACGAGCCACAUGGCAGAACUUAAAUUAGUAUAAAUGGGUUAAUUUAAGUUAUAUGAGCUAGUUGGGAACAAGCUAAGGCCAAGCUUUCAUAUAUAAAUAAUAAAGUUUCCGUGUAAUUACUUGGGCAGCUUUCGUGUCAAGACAGUCUGGCAAUAAUACAUAAAGGAAAAUCUUUU